AUGGAAAGGAAAGAAUUUUAUAAUAGAAAAUUUUGUAUUCUUUUGAACACAAAUCGUUGUCUUGUAUCGUUGUAUGCAAUCAUUUUUGUGUUGAUUUUAAAUGUGCUUACCUUGAGUUGUAAUGUUUCAGCAGAGUCACAAUUAAGCAACAGGUAUCCAAGAAAUUUAUCUGAGUUCAGCGGAGAAGAAAGUGAAGAUGUGAGGAAUUAUGAUUUAGAAGGAAAUCCAGAUGAUUCGAUGGAAGAAAUAACAGAUGACCUAUAUGAUAACACUCAAGAAAAUUUAAAUAGCACAGGUGAUGAGGUAAAUGAGUUAAAGGAACAGUGUAAUGUGGUCUUUCAUGGUUUUAGCGAAGAAGAUAUAAAUACAAUAAUUAAUUCAGCUCUUGGUGAUAUAUUUAAAUGGGAAAUCCUUAAUAGAUGGUUACAACUGCAUGAUGAUAAUAGAGACAAAGUUGAUGCUCUAAAAGAAUUUUUAUCAGAUUAUUUGGAAAAAUUAAAAAGUUUAUAUAAUGUGGAUGAGAAUAUAGCACAGGAACAAAUGAACAAGACUAAUCAUACUAUUGACUCAACCAUAAGAAUAACGGAGGAUUAUCACAAUAAGCUUUUUUUCUAUUAUGUUAUAAAAGAUAAUUUGCCUGAAAGAGAACAUGAACGUUUUGUAAAUAUAUGUAAAAACACGUUUACUUUAUUUGUAAAUGAACUAUCUAAUAAUGGUCAGACCAAAUUAAAUAAAAGUGUAAUCUCUUAG